AUGUCAGCCACCGAAAUCGACACUCUGUGGCGCUUUGCCUUUGGCGAAUCAGCUAUCCGACCCCUGCCCUACAGUUCGGAAGAGCUGGGCGACGAUGGAUGGCGACCUCUGACGGAUCCGCAAAAAUUCAUCAUGAAUCUGGCCAAUCUGAACCAGCAGCAACUCUACGCUGCGAGUGCUAACAAUCAACUUGCCAUGAUAGACGCCCAGAAUGAAUACCUGGAGCUAGAACGCCACAUCGCCAACAUCAAGGGCAAAGAAAUCACCAAAAACCCUAGAGAUCUCCCGGCACCGGAUGUCUUUGAGGAAAGGAAAGAAGCGGCGCUGUACGGUUACAAGUAUGAUGCCAAUCGGCCAGCGCUUCUCCAUGCCGGCAUUCCUGGUCUGAGAUCUGCCGAUGAUCUGACCGAGAGGGAAAAACACGAUGUGCGCUUGUUCCAAGAACCCUUUGAGCAAGGCGGCUUCGUGCCCAAGGAGAGAGAAUACAAGGCCAAGCUCGCCAAAGCCAAAGAUCCCAGAAACGUCGACGGCUGGAUCCCCGUCGAAAAGGACGGCAAGCUCCUCAUUCCACGUCAACAAACUCACCAUGAAGAAUACAACAUCACAUAUGUUAAGCGCAAUGUGGAUGAAAAUGGUGAGAUUAUUCGACCUCAAUCGCCCGAAGGUAGCGAAGUCCCUGGUGAAACUCCCGACAAGGCCGUCAACAAACGGUUGACCAGAACUCGCUUUGAUGGCAAAAAGUUCCCGCCCACGCGUGACGUGUCGGAGGCUCCGUCGACAGCUUCUACUCCAAAUGGCAAAAAACGAGCAAGCCCCUCAGGAGCCGACACCAGGGAAGAUACGCCUACUUCGAAACGCCGGAAGAUCCAUCUUACCGUCAAUGGUGGCGAACAGCCUAAACCGAAGCAUCCGAAUCAAUAUACCAAAGCAAAGGAGAGAGAAUUGGCUUCGACUACUCAAACCGCCCCAGCUCCAGCUAGUGUCAAACCCGUAAUGCCGUCAUCAUCGUCAUCGUCGAAGCCAACAUGGCGGGAGUUGUCGCCCAUGUCGAAACGCACACACAAGUGGACAGACCCGGACUUGAUUGAGUCGAUCAAGGAAGAUCACUCGUGGUUGCAUGAUGACCCCAAAAGGGCAGAAGAGUGGAAGCACAAGCUCCUCAAUGGCAUCAAUCCAGUUCGAAGCCUGAGCAUGCUGCUCAAAUGGAACUACUGGCAAGUGACCAACCAAGCCAAAAGACCACGGGCGAAAAAACAGGCGGCGGAGCCAGAAGAAGCAGUCAAAGAAACCGAGGACUCCAGCGAGUCUCAAAAGCCGAGACGAAGGGUGACCAAGCCCAAAAGAGCCGAGGACAGCGAGCGAUCAACACCUGCAACGACGCCGGCGCCAGAAGCCGUCAAUGGCGUGGCAACACACGCGCCGAAGCUGGGAGUAAACACACGAGCAACGAAGUCCUUCCGGAGAGCACCUGGGGCGGAAAACGCCACUUUCAGAGACAAGGACUUGGAGCAAGAUAAGCGCAAUGGCACGAACAGUGGAAAACAGGCAGUCCGCGGCAUCAAGUUCACUAUUGACCGGUCAUCGCGUGAAUUUGUGCUCCUUUAUCUCGGCGAGUUUGUGAUCUUCCAUUUCACAAGAAAUCUCAACACUCAUCUAGCAUUCUCCGCUCUCCGGCUGCUAGUCCUUUCUCAGCUGCACGGUCCCGAAGACGCCUCUGCUUCUCCCCUGCACGCCCUCGUCAUGACCAAGAAGAAGCGUCACCAUCCCGAUGUCGAAGAGGUGCUCGCACGGCCAUGGUGCUACUACUGUGAGCGCGACUUUGACGACCUCAAGAUUCUGAUCAACCAUCAAAAAGCAAAGCACUUCAAAUGCGAAAGAUGCGGUCGAAGGUUGAACACGGCAGGAGGCCUCAGCGUCCACAUGAGUCAAGUCCACAAAGAGAAUCUCACCGCAGUCGACAAUGCCCUCCCUAACCGAGCGGGUUUAGAUAUCGAAAUAUUCGGGAUGGAGGGGAUACCCGAAGAUAUCAUCCAACAACAUAAUCAGCGAGUCCUGACCAACUUUCACCAAGCUCAAGCUGACCGGCAGGCGGCUUCUGGCAAUAAUGCUCAAAGUGCUCAGCAUCCGAACGCCCCCAAGAAACCCAAGAUCGAAUCUGUUUCCGAUAUUAAGAAACGUCUGGCAGAACACAAGGCUGCCAAACUGGCUGCUGAGCAAGCCGACGGAGGAAGCAGUGGUGGUGGCACUCCUAACCCCCCUACAGCUACUAUAGUCCAAGCCAAACCCCAGAUAAAUACGGCAGCGUCUCCAACCUACCCUGGAUAUCAACAACCCUAUGCAGCGCCACCUACGAAUGGUUCGUACAGUCAAGCCCCUUCCUUCGCCCAACCCCCAACCGCUUUAUCUGCUCCGUAUCAGGCGUCGCCUAUAUAUCCUUCUGCCGGAUCUCCGCCUGCUGGCGAAGCCUACGGCCAACACGCUGCAACUCCACAGCCUGGGCAACCUGGAUAUGGGCAGAUACCAUACCCUCCACAGCCAUACGUUCAGCCGCCGCAGCCAUCAUUUCAGCCGCCGCAACCUUCACCGGUGGGCUAUCCCCCACAACCGAGUUUUUCACCACCUCAGUACACGUCACCCUAUCCAGGCCAAUCCUAUCCUCCACAACCCGCUGGACCUCCACGUCCAUUUGCAUCGGGAUCUCCAGUCCCAGGGUUUCCUCAGCCACCCCCAGCUCUCACACAACGCUCCCAUUCGCCUGCUACAAACAGUAAUUUUCCUGCACCAGUGCGUACUGGCAGUGUAAGUCUACCUAGUGCUCCAGGAUUGCCGCAGAGGCCCGCUUUUGGUGCUCCGCCAGUCAAUGCUUUCCAAUUUCAACAAAUGCAUCAAGGUCAGAUCCCUGCUCCACAAUCCCAUAACAUUGUGCCGCAGUACGCUCCCGGACAGACUCAAGGCAGCACAAGCACGCAAGUCCCGCCACAGGUUCCCAUACCGAACCAGCCUUCUGCUGUUGAAGCUCAAGAUGCCUCGUCUCUUGAUGACUUGAUUGCAAAUGCUUCGAAGCAAGCUGAUGCCGAUGCCGCCGCCGCCGCCGCCGCCGCUGCUACUGGCGAGGCUGUCGCCAAACCCGGAACGUCACUUGCCACCACUGCGUCGGCCACUACCAAGGACGAAGCCAGCGAAGAUAAAGCUGGACCGAAGAAAGACAAGGAGAAGGAGAAACCAAAAGCAACCAGGUUGGUCUACUCUGAUAACGAGACAAGUCCUGAAGAGAAGAUGGCCAUGUUGCCAAAGUACGCAUUUACUCCUGCACAGAAAACAAUUGUGGUCUAA